AGCCUUGGGAAGAAAAUGUAGGCUCAAAUAACAUUUGUAGUUGUAAAUAGCUAUAGAGUUUUCCCAAGGAUUACCUUUCUUAGUAUUAUCUGAUAACAAAAUUUAAAAAAAAAUCCUGAGAAAAUUCACUGUUCCUUUUCUUUUGUUGACUCUAUAAAUUAAUGUGAAAUAGGAAGCGAGGCUGCUGCCAGGGGCUGAGCCCUGCAGACCCAGUGCCCUGCAGGUAGUGCCCUCCUCCAUACUGCCCCCCAGGACUGCAUCUGGGCCUUUCUGGUUUGUGGUUACGGUGCUUAUAGAGCAUUGAGGUAACCCCUGGUGCAUAUUUUACAGAUUGAAGGAAAGUAACAGUGAAUUUUAGUUCAGAGUCCUGAGGGUGAGGUAUCAAAUACUCUGGCUGAAGGUCUUUCUCUAGGUUUACUUCCUCCAUAGCUGGGCAAAGGUGUGGGGUGGUGCCAUGUGGGGUAACCAGAUUCCCAGCACCCUGUGAGGUAGACCUUCCUGGGUUUUAUGGAUUCCUACCGCAUGUUAGCCAAAUGGCUGUUUUCAGUUGUGCAAUAGAUAUGAGUAGCCUUUGGUUUGUGUUCUUUCUGUGAUUACAACAUGAGGAAAUACAUUCCUCUGGUGUGAUAUUUUCGUGGAACUUUAAUUUUAAAAUCAUGUAGCAUUCUAAAACCAGGCAUUAUUUUUUUGAUAUGUUGUCUAGGAGAUAUGUGGUCUUUAUUUUAAUUAGGUUGCUGAGCUUUUUACUGUUUUACAUAAUAUAACAGUUAAAGGGUGAUUAAACUGUUAAAAAAAAAGUGAUUUUUUAAAAAGUGCUUGUUGACAUCAUCUUUCCGAGAACACUAGUGUAUGUGAUUUACUAUAACAAGAUCUCAGUUUUUCCUGUUGGCAAAUGACAUGUAAUAUUUACAGAGGUCUUGGGUUUAGUCCAGCAGAAACAUCUCAGAUAAAUUGAUGUGUGAAACUAAAGCCAUUUUACAUUUCCUUUCAUAUGGGGAUAAUAGAAACAGUGUUUUCGUUUAAAAGUAAAGAGAGACUGGCUAUUUAGUAUGGAUUUCUUUGAGGGGACAACUUGUAAUAGUAUGCAUUCUCUAGAGUUAAACAUCAAACACCAUGUUUUUAGUUUUAUAACUCAGUGAUAUGCAUCCGGCAGUUGUGUGUUGAGGAUUCUGAGUUAAUUCAUGGGCUUUUUCUCCUGGUGUCAUGCUUGUCUUCCUUUUCCAUCUAAAUGUAUAAGGUCACAUUUUGUAUUUCACAUAUUUAAAUUAGCAUAAAUUCUCAAUCUAUGAGAUUUUUACUUUUAAAAACUAGAAAUAUCUCUAAACUGUUAACAGAGUCUAAGUAGUGAAGUAUCUUCAGUGGCCUUUUAAAAAAUUCAGUUGGAAUAUUCCAACUGUCUGUAAAUAUUUUCAGCAUUUAACCUAAACACAGUUCAGUGCUAAAAUGUAUUUAUAGCGGAAUUCUUAUCUAUUGAGCGACGAAGAGAGUGAAAUAUAGUAACCUCGGAAAUGUAGUCUCGUCUGUUUGAGACCAGUUACCGUUUUGUAGGUAGACCAGUCAGUUCUUAGGUACCAAGAAUCUCAAUGAUCCUUUUACUUUUAGGAAGAUGAUCACAGCCGUGUUAAACUGCAGAAUGCUGAGAAUGAUUAUAUUAAUGCCAGUUUAGUUGACAUAGAAGAGGCACAAAGGAGUUACAUCUUAACACAGGGUCCACUUCCUAACACAUGCUGCCAUUUCUGGCUUAUGGUUUGGCAGCAGAAGACCAAAGCAGUUGUCAUGCUGAACCGCAUUGUGGAGAAAGAAUCGGUCAAAUGUGCACAGUACUGGCCAACAGAUGACCAAGAGAUGCUGUUUAAAGAAACAGGAUUCAGUGUGAAGCUCUUGUCAGAAGAUGUGAAGUCGUAUUAUACAGUACAUCUACUACAAUUAGAAAAUAUCAAUUAUAUUGAGAACUUGUGGAUCACACUGUAUUUGAAAUUAUUAAUGCUGGAUGUUAAAAGGUCACUAAAAAGUGGUGAAACCAGAACAAUAUCUCACUUUCAUUAUACUACCUGGCCAGAUUUUGGAGUCCCUGAAUCACCAGCUUCAUUUCUCAAUUUCUUGUUUAAAGUGAGAGAAUCUGGCUCCUUGAACCCUGACCAUGGGCCUGCGGUGAUCCACUGUAGUGCAGGCAUUGGGCGCUCUGGCACCUUCUCUCUGGUAGACACUUGUCUUGUUUUGAUGGAAAAAGGAGAUGAUAUUAACAUUAAACAAGUGUUACUGAACAUGAGAAAAUACCGAAUGGGUCUUAUUCAGACCCCAGAUCAACUGAGAUUCUCAUACAUGGCUAUAAUAGAAGGAGCAAAAUGUAUAAAGGGAGAUUCUAGUAUACAGAAACGAUGGAAAGAACUUUCUAAGGAAGACUUAUCUCCUGCCUUUGAUCAUUCACCAAACAAAAUAAUGACUGAAAAAUACAAUGGGAACAGAAUAGGUCUAGAAGAAGAAAAACUGACAGGUGACCGAUGUACAGGACUUCCCUCUAAAAUGCAAGACACAAUGGAGGAGAACAGUGAGAGUGCUCUACGGAAACGUAUCCGAGAGGACAGAAAGGCCACCACAGCUCAGAAGGUGCAGCAGAUGAAACAGAGGCUAAAUGAGAAUGAACGAAAAAGAAAAAGGUGGUUAUAUUGGCAACCUAUUCUCACUAAGAUGGGGUUUGUGUCAGUCAUUUUGGUUGGCGCUUUUGUUGGCUGGACACUGUUUUUUCAGCAAAAUGCCCUAUAAAUAAACAAUUAAUUUUGCCCAGCAAGCUUCUGCACUAGUAGCUGACAGUGCUACAUUAAUCAUAGGGGUUUGUUUGCAGCAAACGCCUCAUAUCCCAGAAACGGUGCAGUAGAAUAGACAUCAACCAGAUAAGUGAUAUUUACAGUCACAAGCCCAACAUCUCAGGACUCUUCACUGCAGGUCCCUCUGAAACCCAAACUGUAAAUGGCUGUCUAAAAUAAAGACAUUCAUGUUUGUUAAAAACUGGUAAAUUUUGCAACUGUAUUCAUACAUGUCAAACGCAGUAUUUCACCUGACCAACAUUGAGAAAUCCUUUAUCACAGGAUUUGCUUUUGGAGGCUAUCUGGAUUUUAACCUGCACUUGAUACAAGCAAUAAAUAUUGUGGUUUUAUCUACGUUAUUAAUGGAAAGAAAAUGACAUUUAAAUAAUGUGUGUGAUGUAUAAUGUACUGUUGACAUGGGCAGCAACACUUUAUAUUCUUAAACAUUUCAGGGUAAAUAUAUUUUAUAAAUAUCUAUUUAAUCUUUUGUAGUUAACUGUACUUUUUAAGAGCUCAAUUUGAAAAAUGUUACAUAAAAAAAUAAAUUGUGUGUUGAUU